AUGGCGACAAGCGGGGCAUACAUUGACAAAGGUCCUUCUAUAGACUGGAGCACGGAUGACAACAUAUAUGGCCGCUUUAAAAUGUGGAAGCAAAGAUGGGAACUGCUACUCACGGGCCCGAUGGCAACAAUGUCAGAAGAAGUGAAAUGUAAACAUUUGUUAUACUGGUCUGGCGAACGUGGCAUGGAGCUAUUCAACAGUUGGGACUUGUCAGCAGAAGAUCAGAAAAAGCUAGUCAAUUAUUGGGAGAAAUUUGAAAACUACGCAAAGCCGCAUUCAAAUGAACUGCUUGCAGUUUGGGAACUGCAUAACCUUCGGCAAGGUAUGUUAUCUCUUGAAGAUUUUAUCACUAAACUAAGGAUUCUCAUUAAAGAAGCAAACUACCCAGCCGAACACUAUGAUCGAUUCCUUAGAGACUUCUUAGUCCUCGGAAUUAAUUCUGAUCGUGUUCGAAAAGAUUGUUUUAAGGAAGGGAACACCCUGACAUUUAGCAAAGCCAGGGAAAUGGCAAAAACCGAUGAGUCGGCAGAAAGACAACUGCAAUUAAUGAAUGCUAGUGAAGUAAAUAACAUUGCAUCAAUUAGGGACAAAAGAUAUCAAAACCGAAGAAAUCAAGUUAGACAUAACCCUAGGUCUGGGCAACAGUGUAGGAACUGCGGUCGGGGAUCACAUUCUCAAGAUCAGUGUCCUGCCAAAAACAUGACAUGCCACUACUGUCAGAAAGUAGGACACUUUGCUAAAGUAUGUUUGGCAAAGUUAAGGAAUAAGAAUGUACAUGAAGUUGAAGCCAUUGCUGAUAAUAUACAACAAAAUCAGCUGCAAUCACCUCGUGUGGGAGAGGAACAAUUUGUAUUCCUAGGACCAAUUGUUGCCACACCUUUGGCUGCUCAAGUGCAUAGUGUGUCAUGCAAGGAGAAAGCAUUAUUAGAAGUUUCUAUUUCCCUGAAUAAUGAAGGGAUGCAAUCGCAUGUUGUAUGCAAAAUAGAUUCUGGUGCCGAGACAAAUAUUUUGCCCAUGUCCAUAUAUCAACAGUUGAAACAUGAAUCACAUAAGUUAGGAAAGCCUACAAUGAAAUUGACGGCUUAUGGUGGGGCUGAACUACCAAACCUGGGAUCAUGCUUUGUCUUUGUAAAG